UUAAUGACGUAUGCAGUCUGCAUAUGUGACCUCCGCAGGCUGCAGCCUUCGGAUUGAGAAACGGCCGAUGAGAAGUAAAUUGUUUCCUUGGAAACCACGAGACUGAGAUGCGAUAGCAGGCUCCUCCAUUUUUAAGACACGAGGCCUCAUUUUAUGGAUUCUGACAUGGACUAUGAGAGGCCUAAUGUCGAGACUAUCAAGUGCGUGGUGGUUGGGGACAACGCAGUUGGAAAGACGCGGCUCAUCUGUGCCCGGGCCUGUAAUGCCACUCUUACACAGUACCAGUUGCUGGCCACACAUGUGCCCACUGUUUGGGCAAUAGAUCAGUACAGAGUCUGCCAGGAGGUUCUAGAAAGGUCCAGGGAUGUGGUGGAUGAUGUCAGUGUGUCUUUGCGUCUCUGGGACACCUUUGGCGACCAUCACAAGGACCGUCGGUUUGCGUAUGGCAGGUCUGAUGUGGUGGUAUUGUGCUUCUCCAUUGCAAACCCAAACUCCCUUUACCAUGUGAGGACCAUGUGGUAUCCUGAGAUCAAGCAUUUCUGUCCCAGAGCUCCUGUUAUCUUAGUGGGCUGUCAACUAGACCUGCGAUAUGCUGACUUGGAGGCUGUGAACAGAGCUCGACGUCCAUUGGCUAGACCCAUUAAAUCCAAUGAGAUACUGGCCCCAGAGAAAGGCCGUGAAGUGGCUAAGGAGCUAGGUGUCCCUUAUUAUGAGACAAGCGUCGUUGCUCAGUUCGGAGUUAAGGACGUUUUUGACAAUGCUAUACGUGCAGCCCUCAUUUCCCGCCGACAUCUACAGUUUUGGAAGUCGCAUUUACGAAAUGUUCAAAGACCCCUUCUCCAAGCCCCCUUCCUUCCUCCCAAACCCCCUCCACCCAUUAUCACGGUCCCUCCCCCUCCGAGUAACAUUGAAGAGCACCCUAGCCGCCUACUAGAGGACCCACUGUGUGCAGACGUCAUCUUAGUCCUGCAGGAACAUCACAGGAUCUUCGCACACCGCAUUUACCUCGCCACUUCCUCCUCGAAGUUCUACGACCUGUUCUUGACCGAACCCCGGGGCUCUGAGGAGAACGACGGGGAACGACCCAGAGGUCCGCCGCUUUCUGGUCGUGAUCUGUUUAUGCGGGCAGCUAGUUUUGACGUUAGCGAGAGCAACGGUGACGGAGAUAGGGCCAACUUGCGUGCCUGCACCAGUGAUGGAACUCUUAAGGGCGGAGAUGGAGAUCGCCGCGGUCGCCUGCUCCCUGCUUUGAGCCGUGCUUUCAUCAGCAUCCAGGAAGAAACUGUAGAUGACCCUGUCACCUUUAACCCUAGAAGGGUGACUGUGGUGCACAUGGACCCUUCGAUGCAGCCCGGUCCUUUUCACUCAGUGUUGCGAUACCUAUACACGGGUAAACUAGAUGAGCAUGAGAAGGAGCUGAUGCAGGUGGCUCACAUUGCAGAACUGCUGGAAGUGUUUGACCUGCGCAUGAUGGUGGCAAACAUCCUGAACGAUGAAGCCUUCAUGAAUCAGGAGAUCACCAAGGCCUUUCAUGUGAGACGCACCAAUCGAGUGAAAGAAUGCCUGGCCAAAGGGACGUUCUUUGAUGUGGUGUUCAGGUUGGAUGAUGGCACUAUCAAGGCCCAUAAACCGCUGCUUAUCUCAAGCUGUGAUUGGAUGUUUGGUGGACCAUUUGUGGAGAGUUGUACAAAAGAGGUGCUAUUUCCUAACACCACACGUAGCUGUAUGCGUGCUGUGAUGGAGUAUCUGUAUACCGGACGCUUCUGCUCUCGUCCAGAUCUGGACGCCAUGGAGCUUAUUGUGCUCGCAAACCGUCUCUGUCUACCUCAUCUGGUGGCACUCACAGAGUUAUACACUGUGACAGUACUAACAGAGGCUGCCAUGAUGGGAGCUGAUAUAGAUGGAGAUGUUCUGCUGUACCUGGAUAUGGCUCAGGUAAGUGGACCUCUGAAGUUAUAGACAAUUUUUGGUUUAAAAUGUUAGCAUACACUUUUGGAGAAAAUAAUGUCAAUAAUGACAAUUUUUUUUGUUUAUUUUGGUGAACAUUUUGCUCAAAGGAAUUGUUCACCCCCCAAAAAAAUAUGUAUAACUUACUCAUCUUACUGUGCAUUCACACCGCCACCGGCCAGAGCGUCAAAGUGGCCGGAAGUCAUUUAUUUUCAAUAAGUGCCAGCAGCAAGCUUCCUUGAACACCUCAUGGACAGUGUGAGCAUCAAGGAGAGUAAAAAUCAGCUCAACUUUAUGGUAAUGAGCUAUGACACAGUUCUGUGGCAACCAGUCGGAAGGUGAAAACGCUCAGUGGCAACCAAUCGGAAGGCGGAAACUUCCGCUUGAAAGGAUUCCAUAGAAUGCAUUCGAGCUUCAAAGCUCAUUUUCUAUAGAGGGUUUCAUCGGACGAACAUGCGCUGACGCGAUACACAUCCGGAUCCUUACUUUAUUUCCGGUUUCGUUUUUUUAAUGCUAAACUGAUCUAUGAACAAAUGCCUUGUCGAAAAUAACAAAUGUUUUGGUUUCCUAGUUAAUCUUUGUGUUGUUUCUUUGCUUGUUAUAUAA